GCCAGCCAGUCGUGUCUGCCUUUCACUGGGUAUAUAAAACUAGAAGACAUAACGCGGCAAGCACUCAUUCAGCAUUCGCGCAUCAAACAUUUCUUUUCAUUACGAUUCAGUCGAUCGUUUGUUUAAGUAGUUUUAGUGUUAAAUAAGUGAAAAAAAAAGAAAUAAAUAAAAAAAUAUUUAUAUAAAAUACCCAAGAAAAGAAAGAUUACUUAUACUUAAAUUUCUCGUAUUGCAUACGGUUUGUCACCAGACGUGGUCUUAAAAUUAAAUGGAUCGUGAGGAGGAAAUCAAGAACAUGAAAUAAAAUACACAGACUUGAGAAGAAACACGAAGAAAAUGUUUAUAUAAAUUGCUUUCAAAAUAUAGCAACAACAACGACAAUAACACUGCACUAACAAACAACAAAAAGUGUUGAAAAUAAACAUUUUUAACGAAAAGAAUAAUUAAUUAAAAUUAAAAAAAAAAAAAUACAUUAGAGAAGUUCAAUUGCAAUUGUAUGAAGUUAGUUUAACAACUCUAAAAAACCGUUAUUUUAAAUAUUUAAAGAAAGAAAAAACACAUAAAAGUUCUGCUAAAAAAAUUAAUUACUGCCCAAAAUUAAAUUUAAUUUUGUGAAUAACUAUUGUUAAAAUAGCGAAAGCGUUACAACGAAAGUGCAGUGAAAAUGUUUCGACUAUUGCCAGCAGCCGAAGAAGCAACAACAACAUUAAUACCAAACACAACAAUUAAAAAAAUGAAUACUUUACCAAAAAGUGUUAACAUCAAAAUCAACAGCAAAAAAACUCUACAAUUCUGGCACUGGCGUCAGCAGCUACAACAACAACACCACCAACACCGCCACCAUCAUCAUCAUCGUCAGCAACUUCAUCAACAGCAGCAGCAACUUCAUCCUCUAAUGCUGUUUAUUUGUAUAAUACUGGCUCUUUGCCAGCAUGUUCAUACUGCAGCAGUUACCGAUUCUCCAAUUAAAAUUAUAAAAUUACCUGCACAGGCUCCAGUUAUACGUUAUAGCCGCAUAGAGUUACAACCAGAAGAAAAAUUGGCUGCAGGAAAUGAGUCUCUAUUAGUAACAACGGAAAAUGCGGGAUUGUUGCAACAAACAGAAGCUGAUUUUCAAAAUGAUGAUCCUUUAGGUUUACUCAAUUUGAGUGGAGCCAUGAAUACCUUAAUGCCACGCCAGAAUCGUGGUAGCAACAACAACUGUCCAAGAUCCUGUCCGCCUAGUAUGACAGUGGGUGCUGAGCCAGUAUGUGGUUCGGAUGGUUUGAUUUAUGCCAAUUUAUGUGAUAUGAAAAAGAAAACUUGUUCCAGAAAUGGUGCCAUAAAGCAGGAUGUCAGAGAUGGUUGUGAAAGAGCUCGUGGUUCCGAUUGUAAACAUCGUUGUCCCAGUGAAAAGGAUCCUAUAUGUGGUACUGACGGUCGUACUUACUUAAACAGAUGCAUGUUACGUGUACAAGCUUGUCGUGUUGGCAUGGCUGCGGUAAAGAUGGCCCAUGUAGGACCUUGCAGUAAUACAAGCGCCAUACGCGAAUCUUGUCCCGUGGAUUGUAACAGUGCCCCUAAGGAUGGUCCUAUUUGUGCUUCAGAUGGCAAUGUCUACAAUUCCACCUGCGAAAUGAAACUAUUGACUUGCGGUCAAGGUGUGGUAAAAACCAGCCGUAAGCACUGUCAAUCAACUAGAAUGUGUCGUGAAUCAUGUUGGCGUGUAGCUCGACCCACUUGUGGUUCAGACGGUAGACUUUAUGCUAGUCCCUGUAAAAUGCGUUCCUCCAAUUGUGGCAAACAUGUGUUUGAAGUGCCGCUAUCAUUCUGUAUGUCUCAAGAACGCAAUGGAAAUCAGGUGGAGAACUGUCCCACAGAAUGUCCCAAAACCGAUAGUGCGGCAUAUGUGUGUGGUAGCGAUGGUAAUAUUUACUCUUCUUUGUGUGAAUUAAAAAUGUUAAAUUGUGGGCCCCAGCGUAAAUCUAUACAAAAGAUGAGCAUGGAUAAAUGCAAGACACGUUUAUCUAGAUGUAAACAACUGCCUCCCUGCAAAGAUUUCAAUAAUCUUUUUGGUUCUAUAUUCUCUUCCAAAAAAAGUGAUAAAUUGUGUGGCACUGAUGCCAAGACCUACAAUAAUGAAUGUGAAUUGGCACAUGCUACUUGUUUGAGAGGAGUUAAUUUGGCCCACAUUGGACCCUGUACCGACUUAAAAUCACCGCCCAAAGAUUGUGGUGAACGUUGCACCAAGCAAGAUAUAGAAGGAGGCCCUGUAUGUGGUUCUGAUGGCAACACUUAUGCCUCCAAUUGUGAAUUUAAACGUAGAACUUGUCAUUUAAGAGUUGUACAAGUAUCCUUGAAAAACUGCCUUUUAACAGCAGACUGUGAAACCGAUUGUGAUGCCCAACCGCCCAAUUUCGUGUGUGGUUCGGAUAAUAAAUUCUAUAAAUCAGAAUGUCAUAUGCGCAAAGAAAAUUGUGGCAAACACGUUUUCGUUGUGCCCCUAAAAAGAUGUCUAAGUAAUGUGCAAUUUAAAGGAUGUGCCAAAAUAUGUCCACCCGACUUUGAACCCGUGUGUGGUACCGACAAUAUGACCUAUUCGAAUGAGUGCUUUUUGGAUAUGGAAAACUGUCAUAGCAAUAACACAAUAGCGAUAUUACAUUAUGGUGCUUGCGGUCGACCAGAAGCACCCUCAACGAAUUUCUUAUAUUAAUAAUAUUUCAUCAUUGUUGUCCACAGUUGUCUAGUUGAAAAUUGAAGAACAACAUUAAAUUUGCUAAACGAACGAUUAUUUUUUUUACAUAUUUAAUAUAUUUAUGAAAUUAUUUAUUUAUUUGCUUAGUUUAAUAAUUGUUAUACGA